AUGGAGCCUGGGGUUGCGGCUGUUAUGCGUGGCAAGAACAUUCUUUUGCUUGAGAGAAUUGCUGCAUCGUUUGGUUGGCCGGACGAUCUUGUUUUCGAGCAUCUCAAAGGUGGAUUUCCCUUGGUGGGGGAAUCUAAACCCUCCGGGAUCUUCGAUGUGGACAGAAAGCCGGCGUCGUUGACUAGAGACGAACUACUCCAACACUCCAAGUUUCUUCGUCCGGCACUUUGGGCCAAGGUCGCGAAUUCAAAACUUGAUGAUGCUGCUUCUCAUGUCUGGGAGGCAACUCAGAUGGAGCUUGUCGAAAAAGGGUGGCUCACGGGGCCUUACUCGUGGGACGGCCUUCAAGAACGUUUUCCUGAUGGUUGGCUUCCGGUGCGCCGCUUUGGGCUGGCCCAGAAAGACAAAACGCGAUCGAUUGACGAUCUGGCCGAAAAUUCGGUCAACAGGGCUUACGCGGUAUCGGAUAAGAUUUCCUUGCGUGCUCUUGAUGAGUUGGUUUGGACAGCUCUCACCUUGUUUAAGAUUUUCUUGUCCAAGGGUGAAGUUGCUAUCCCGUUGUCAGACGGUCGCUUGCUUCGGUUUCCAGUCCACUCCUUCUGGAGGACGUUGAAGCCCGAGGGUUUGCAGCCGAGUGUAAAAACGGUUGAUUUAAAGAGUGCUUACAAGCAGCUGGCAGUUUUGCCAGCCGACCGCUGCCUCAGUGUUGUUACGAUUAAAGACCCGGUGUCGGGCGCGGCUCUCGGUUAUGAGAGCUGGACAUUGUUGUUCGGCGCGACUUCGUCGGUUGUGUCAUUUAACCGCGUGGCCAGGCUGUUGCAAAGGGUCUUGAUUGAGUUGCAGGUCAUGGCCAGCAACUACUUUGAUGACUACCCUGUCCUUGAGCUGCUGCCGUUGUGUGGCAAUACUCAGUCCACGAUUCGUGCCAUCCUGGACAUGCUUGGCUUUGUGUGGGCGGAGGAUAAAGACCAGGCGGAAGCCAUUGCGUCGGCUGUGGAUUCCGUUCUUGCGGAUGGAGUCAUGGCGAGCUUUGACUAA